CAGCGCAAAGCCGAUGAGCACACAUGCAAGGUUCGAGCCCUCCAGGAAGAAUUGCAGGCAGAGAGGCAAGAAGCAUCAGGCUGACAACGGGAUGCUCAAUGGAACGUAGACGAAGGAGCUCGGCGACGGGCAUCACAUUGCCAGCGCCAGGCUAUAGGCCAUGACCAAAAGCGAUAUGGGAGGCUUGGCACACCCACCGAGGAGAAAACUUGACGGCUUGCAUACCAUCUCGGGCAAGAGCGUAACACUUGUGGUCAGGAGGCACAGUCUCCUUCUUGGUCGUUGCGACUUCCUGGCCGAGCCGCACAGCCAAUGCCACGAGCUGGUCACCCCAGCCGAGUAUGAAGAGGACGUCGUUCGGAACGGCCUUGUGCCGUGGAUGGGGGAGAUCGCGGAGCAAGAGAUUCCCAUGUACCACCCGAAGUUCCGCAAUGAGCCACGCUUUACGUUUCGUCAUCUGAAGCAACAACAUGAUUCACGAUCAACACGGAAUGCUCGAAUACGGUUCAUAUCGCGUGAUAUCGCACAAGUGGAUUUCAAUGAAUUCAAUCAGUCCUUUCGCUUGGAUGUGGCAUGGCGCGAUAAUGGCGCUCUGGAGUUUGGUCUCAAGUAUUCGAAGAGUUGGCAGAACGUCAAGUUUAAUGCUGUGGGUUUUGUUGCACGUUACGCACAUCGGAUUGCUACAUUGACUCAAAUUACUAUUUGUAAUGGAUUUUGCGCGAAGAGACAAAAGGGUCUGGAAAAUGGUCAAGGAUCAGCGCCAGUCCUCAAUAGCUCAUGAUCUGAGAAUAAACCUUCUGCGCGGUCGGCCAAAUAACGCCGAGUUAAUUGUUGAUCCAAGGAAUGUAUCAGUGAAAACCCCUCAAGCUGAUAGAGGUUAUUUCUCCCUGUGACAUUUGAUCCGGGUGCACACAUCUCAGACCCUUUUGCUGACUCGAAAGGGGACUAAAAGAUCGAGCUUUUCUCCCGUGUGUUGAUUGGUCGGACUAUACUAUGGGGCGAAAGAAACCCCAGCUAUUGCUUUCGGGGUUGCGAAUACCCAUGGCAGUAUUGUAACUCAAGCCAUCACAUCUCCACCGAUACUGGUACGGCGUCAUGAAGUGCCCGCUCAAGAGAAGAAGAAAAUGGCGGGAGA